GCGCUCCAAGCGGCAGACAUUUAAAGUGUUGACAGCUGAUCGUAAAAAAAAGGCAAACAAAAACAACGAUUUCAAAAAUAAGUGAAAAUCAUGGAAAAUUCAGGAAAAACAUCAGUAACAGCCAGUGAUAAGAUGAAAGAGCGCAUGGAGCGUCUCAAGAAGUUGCAUGAUGCCAGAAAUCAGGCUCGUGUGAGCAACCAAAAGGAAGUGAUUGCAGAGAACAAUAUGAAGAAACUUCCGGCCAACUGGGAAGCCCGGAAGCGUAAAACGGAGUGGCUAUUGGCUGAGGAGGCGGCCAAAGACAAAGCAGCUACUGAGGGGAAAGAUUUUGAUCGCGUGAAGAUGCUGGGAGUGUCGGUUUCGGAGGCAGAAAUGGCACUGAGGAAGAAACGCAAAGGCGAUGGGAGCUUCUCCAGCUACGAAGCUCAAACUGCGAGACAAUAUGAGAGGUCGAUAAAUAUCUUACCACCUUGCAUCAGGGAAAACUACGAGGCAAGGAAGAGACAGGAAGCUGAGGAAGGGAAUGCAAAUGCGAAUGAUCCACUGAAGCAUUUGAAUCCAAGGGAUACCUCUUCAGCUGUAGACAACAUGGUCGAGCAUCUGCAGAAGCAGAUUGAGAAAAAGAAGAACUUCUCACGCAGGAGAACACACAAUGAUGACGCCGACAUUGACUACAUCAAUGAGAAGAAUGCCAGAUUCAACCAGAAAUUGGAGAGAUUCUACGGAGAGCACACGGUGGAGAUCAAGAAGAAUCUGGAAAGGGGAACAGCUGUCUAAGACAAAUAAAAAUUUUAUCC